AUGAAACUCAUCAGUCAGAUAUUUAAUCCAAUGUAAAAGCUUAAACUAUUUCUAAUAUUUCUGUUCUUUUCCUGAGUAUGUGACAUUCACAUGAACCUAUGAUUUCACAAGAGUCCUCUGGUUGGCGUACAGUGCAGUAAAACUAUCGCUUUCAUUCGUAGAAAAUUACCCCAAAAAGGAUUUUUGCAGACUAUAUGGAACUCUGAACCUUUGAAACGGAAUACAUUACGUACAGCUAAUGUACUAUUCAUGCAGGUUGUCUGAAGUCACACUGGAAGAAAGCCCCGCAUUCACUCGCUGCAACUUCUAACGCUGCAAAUGAAAGGGGGCAAUUUUAAGUGCUGCUUUUUUGUUGUUGUUGAGCUGAGAGGAAUUGACAGGUGUUAUAGAGAAGCUGGAAGCAUCGACGGUCAGUGACAAAUUGAAGGAGAGUGAAUGCAGAGAUUUACAUCUGUUCCUCUGUACCCACUUACUCUUAUUCAGGGUCAGAGGCUGCUGAAGGCUGAAAAGACAUUCACUGGGCGUUUUUCUGAAAAGCAGACUUAUGGGUAAUUUGCAGUGGGAGAAACCAAGAGGACUCAGGGGAAACUAAACAUACACAACUCCAAACAGGAAAUCCAGAGCUGAGAUUCACGCCCAGGAUAGUCGCUGUAAAUUGUCAGAACAAACCCCUUAACCACCACGUUCAAGACCUAAACUGUGUUAAAAGGAAGGGGAAAAAAGAUGAUUACUUUAUCUGGGAUCUUUCAUUAUGUUUAAAUAGACUUUUACAAGAGUGGAACCAAUUGAAAAGAUGAAAGGCGUUCUACACUUCACUUGUCAAAAACGAUCAUCAGUAACAGAUAUGAUUCUCUGUGACCUGUUUCUGCAGCUUGUGUUCCCCCCCUGGUGGAUAACUCCUAUACUGCUCUCGAGUACUUACAAAACAGGAGCCUUCCAGGGAUCAUCAUGGUUGAUGUUGACACUGAAGUAGCAAAAUCUGAGAAGGAGGCAGAGAUUUAAAUGUCAAUCACAAGGUGAUACUCUUUGCGAUCCUUCAACAGCGACACACUCUGUGUGACGACGACUUAUGAAAUCAGCAGUGGUGACCAGUUGCAGAUCUUCCGUGGUGCCCCCCCGCCCUGCCAUGUGAUGUGAUUGGCCACCCCCUGUACACUCCCCAAUUUUGAAAAUUUGUAAUACUUACACUCCGAUUUCCUACACUCCUGAACGCAACUUCGUUGUCUGACUGCACCUGAAUGCACCAAUGACGUCAGUUUGAUCUUUUGAUUGUAUUUUGUUUGGGUUUGAAGAAGCUUUGAAGAUUUUCCUGAUGCUGGAGGAGAAGGGGAGCAGCUUUGCACCUUUGCGAGUGAAAGUAGCAGUUCCUCCUUAAGGUCAGAGAUUGCAGCAUCCGAGGGCCUCUUCAAAAGAAGACGUAGUUGAUGAAGACGUUCUGGAGCAGAAAGACCACGACCAAGCAGCCUGGAUAUCUUAGGCAGCGUCUCCCUCAGUUGCUGGAGGUGCGGACCCGUACUUUCCAUUUGCCAAUCAGAUACGCGAGAUCUGGUCACGUGACUCCCGGUAGACGCUGGAGGUACGGACCCGUAGCAUCGGUACUACAGCAAAACAUGGCAGUAAUUCCAGCGCUCAUCUUUCUGUGCAUGCUCCAAGCUGCAGUCCCUCAAGUCGCGCCACCUCGUGGACCCAGACCGAUACCUGGCCGAGGGGACAGUCCACAACCAACCCAAGGUCCACUCCAACCAGCUCCCACACCGACUACGGAUCCACUUGAGUACUGUCACCCCAAGAAAAUCGAGUGUCCCAUCAAGGUGUUUUUCACCAUCGACACUUCAGAGACCAUCGCCUUGCAGGAGAGUCCUCCUGGCAGCCUGGUGGAGAGCAUCAAGGACUUCACAAAGCUCUUUGUCCAGAAGCUCGAAGAUGAGAAUUACAAGGGCCAGAUGGACAUCUCUUGGUCCAUAGGAGGCCUUCACUUCUCCCAGCAAGUCAAGGUCUUCAGCCAUUUCACCACCAAAGAGAACUUCAUCAGGAGUCUGCAAAACAUCAUCUACCUGGGCAAAGGCACCUACAUCGACUGCGCCCUCAGAAACAUGACUCAGCUGGUGACCCAACACAACACAGGGGCCGAGCCCAAGCCCGUCCUCUUCUCAGUGGUCAUCACUGAUGGUCACGAGACAGGACAUCCAUGCCAUGGGAUCAAGAUGGCAGUGGAGGAGGCCCGGGAGAAAAACAUCCAGAUAUUCUCAGUGGCAGCGACCAGGGUCAUCGAUGAAAUGGGGAUGAGGGAGAUAGCCAGCUCUCCCUACGAACUGUUCCGAGACGAUUACAUAGUGGUGGAGCUGCGUGACAACAACCUAAGGAUAAACACUACAUCCAUUGAUCGGAUCAUAAAAGCCAUGAAAUAUCAAGCAUAUUUACAGUGUUAUAAACUGCCCUGCCCUGGGAUCCCUGGGGUCCCUGGAAGAAAAGGGUUUCCAGGUCAAAAAGGCAUGAAAGGAGAGAAAGGCAAGCCUGGAAGAAAGGGUGAAAAGGGUAAAGAGGGUGAUCCUGGUAUUGAAGGUCCAAUUGGAGGCCCUGGUCCAAAGGGAAAUAAAGGUGCUAAAGGUGACAAGGGUGAGAUCGGAUUAGCUGGAGUGAGGGGUGUGAAAGGUUCACCUGGCAAGAACGGAACUGACGGACAAAAGGGUAAAAUCGGCCGCAUUGGAGCUGCUGGUUGCAAAGGUGAUCCAGGCGACAAGGGAGCAGACGGCUACGAUGGUGAACCUGGUGAAUCUGGGCCACGAGGAGACGAUGGGGAAAAGGGUCCCCCAGGCAUUCCUGGGAGGCCAGGAUCCAAGGGCUCUAGGGGUGAGCCAGGAUCAAAGGGCGACAUUGGAAAUCCUGGAAAUCCGGGGCCACCAGGGGAAAAGGGGAAUCUGGGGCCUCCAGGAUCACCUGGACCAAAAGGCUUUGAGGGGAGAAGAGGAGACCCUGGAACAAAGGGGGGAACUGGACCAAAUGGGCUAAAAGGGAUAAAGGGAGAACGAGGGCCUCUGGGAGGCAGAGGUCAGCCAGGGGGUGACGGACCCAAAGGCUCCAAGGGAGACCAAGGAUUACCAGGACCGAGGGGUCCGUCAGGAGAGCCAGGGGCCCCUGGAGAUCAAGGCAGUGUGGGAGAUCCUGGAGAUCCUGGACGAAGAGGAGACCCUGGGCCAAAAGGAUCAAUUGGUGACAAAGGAAGACCAGGAUUCAACUACCCAGGACCAAGAGGACCAACUGGAGAAAAAGGUGGAAAAGGCAGUAAAGGACUCAGAGGAAGCAGAGGUGAAUGUGGGGCCAAAGGAGAAUAUGGGAAUAAAGGAACGCCAGGAGAUCGAGGGGGACCAGGCCAGCCGGGGGAGCCAGGACCUAGAGGACCCAAAGGACCCGGUGGACCUAAAGGGGAUCCGGGACCUCCGGGCGAUCCUGGCCUCACUGACUGCGACGUCAUGACUUACGUCAGAGAGAUGUGUGGUUGUUGUGACUGCGAGAAGCAGUGUGGAGCUCUGGACAUUAUUUUUGUAAUCGACAGCUCAGAGAGUAUCGGUGAAAGUAAUUUCACCCUGGAGAAGCAGUUUGUCAUCAACACCGUCAAAAGACUGGGAUCUAUGGCCUCUGACCCUGCGUCACCAACAGGCACAAGAGUGGGAGUUGUACAAUUCAGCCACUUGGGGACCUUUGAGGCUAUCCAUCUCAACGACUCAACCAUAAACUCCUUGUCUGCCUUGAAAACGGCAGUGCAGAACCUAAAGUGGAUUGCUGGGGGCACUUACACGCCGUCAGCUAUCAAGUUCACCUAUGAUACCUUCAUCAAGGCCAGCAGGAGGGCGGGAGCAAGAGUAAAUGCGAUCGUGAUCACAGACGGUCGCUAUGACAAAGUACAUGAUAAGGAAGAACAUCUCCGGUUGCUUUGCGACAACAAUGUGGUUGUCAAAGCCAUUGGGGUUGGUGACAUGUUUCACCACAAAUCUGAUAACGAGACUCUGCUGUCUAUGACAUGCGGCAAUGCAAAUGGAACCAAAGCGAUGAGGCGCUACGCUGACUUGAUAGCUGAGGACGUCAUAAAUGAAAUGGAAACUGUGCUGUGUCCCAAUCCAGAAAUUAAGUGCCCUGAUCUCCCCUGUUACAAUGGCCCUGAUUUAGCGCCAUGUGUGGGGCGUCCAGUGGACUUGGUAUUUCUAUUAGAUGGCUCAGAGCGCCUCGGCCCAGAGACCUUCCACUAUGUUCGAGAAUUUGUGCAGAAGGUGGCAGACAGACUGGGACUGGCCAGGAGCAGGUCUGAUCAAAUGCGAGCCCGUCUGGCACUGACAGAGUUUGGCAAGGAAAACGAGAAUCGGGUGGCCUUCCAGCUCACACAUGACCCGGUCAUCAUUGCUAACGGUAUAAGAGCCUUACCUUAUCUGGACUCUUCCUCAAGCGUGGGGCCCGCCAUCUUCCACACCAUCGACAACAUCUUGGGUAGAGGAAAUAGUCGCCAAACGAGACGCUACGCCGAGCUCUCAUUUGUUUUCAUCACAGAUGGCAUCACAAAUAGCAGCAACCUGGACGAGGCGGUUAGUGCCAUGCGUGGGCAGCAGGUCGUCCCCAUGGUGAUUGCGCCAGGAAGUGACAUCGACCAAGGAGUCCUAAUGAAACUGGUAAUGGAGGACCGCGACGCCAUUUUCAAAAUACGAAAAUCAAGUGAGCUGCUUGACUCCACGUUCUUUGACCGUUUCAUCCGGUGGGUGUGUUAAAGAGGAUCCCUGCUCAUGUGAGCAUUAUACUGGUGCUACAGAUGUUAACCUAGCGUUUUAAAGGAUAAUUCCAGUUUAUUUCAAUCUGGUGUAUUUACCAACUAAAGAGGAGUGUGUAGGAUUUAGUGGCAUCUCACACUGAGGAUGCAUGAUAGCUAUCACUUAAGCCGAAAAAAGUACAAGACCCUCUUUGGAGCAAGUGAUGGGACUGUCUGUUCUGGGCAACUCUAGAAAUAUGACAUUGCAGUCAGAGGACUUGUUCACUUUGUAGAUAUGAAAUGUUCUUUGUAAGCUAAUAGAAACCCAUUGAUUUACAGUUGCAGAUGCACUCCAUUUCUGCCAAUAGAACCUCUAAAUGCUACACACUCAUUCUCUAGCACCAACACAGGGCUGUGUAGAAUUGUUUCAUUGCACCUAAUUACCAUUCUGCUAUAGGGGGCAAAUAAUGUCACAGCAUUGUGCUUUAUGCCAUUUUGUAAGAAAAAAAAUAAACAACUGUAUUCAUCUUUGGUAAUUUGUGAUAAAGAAAUAUAAUACAAGCCAUGCAUUCUUUAUCAACCAUUAAGCUUUACUGUUUUGACAUAAUAAACCUGCAGUUUAGAAGA